AUGCGAGCCUGGCGGUACGCAGACGGUACUACAGCCAAGACGCUCGCCGGCAAGCUGCUUGAGGACUCAAUCGUGCUGGACACCGCCGCACCAGCACCCGACAGGCAAUCCCUCGCAAAAGACCAGUUCCUCGUCCAGGUGAUCUCGGCGGCGCUCAACCCGGCCGACUACAAGCUGCCCGAGUCGGACUGGUUCGGGCGCAUGUUCGGGCUCGGCAAGGACUCGCAGCCGGGCAUGGACUUCAGCGGCCGCGUCGUCGCCCGGCACCCGUCGCUGUCGCCCUCUGCAUCACCGUUCGAGGAGGGCCAGCUCGUGUUCGGCUCGCUGGCCAAGGCGUCGCGUUACGGCGCGCUGGGCGAGUUCGUCGUCGCGUCCACGGCCGAGCUCGCCGCCCUGCCAGCUACCGGGAUUACCCUCGACCAGGCCGCCGCGCUCGGCACCAGCGCGGGCACCGCGUGGACGGCCGUCGCGUCUCUCGGCGCGGCUGCCAAGCCGGACACGCACGUCUUCGUCCACGGCGGCAGCGGCGGCGUCGGCAGCUACGCGGUGCAGUUCGCCAAGCUGCUCGGCGCAGCCUCCGUAACAGCCAGCGCGUCGACCGCGAACACGGCCGCCGUGCGCGCGCUCGGCGCCGACCACGUCGUCGACUACAAGACGACGCCGGAUGUGGCCGGCGAGCUGGCGCUGCAGAAACGCACCUUCGAUCUCGCCGUCGACUGCGCCGGCGCCCCGGCCGACUUCUACGAGCGCUCCGCCAGCCUGCUCAGGCCGGACGGCACGUACGUGCAGGUCGCUGCGGCGCCGACCGCUGGCGGCAUCGGCAGGGUCGUCGCCAACAUGGUCAAGGCGGCGAUUGCCCGCCGCCGGUUUGGGUUUGCCGCGGACAAGGGCAACGCCGAGGUGUAUGCGCGCUUUGCUGGCUGGGUCGCCGAGGGAAAGCUCGCGCCUGUUAUUGGCCACACGGUCGCCUUCGAGGACGUGCCGGCUGCGUAUAAGACGCUGCGCGAGGGGAGGGCGAGGGGCAAGAUUGUCGUGCGGGUUUCGGAGCCGCCGGCGGGCAGGUCGUAG